UCUAUAUGAUUUAGGCAUCUCAUUUUUAUCCUCACAAUCAAUUUGUGUGCCCUUAAAGUAGCAGCGUCAACUUCCAAAAUGUCUCAUACCAUCUUGCUUGUGAAGUUAACUCCGGCGAAUCGUUCACGUUCAUAUUCCAAAUACGAGAGCGUGAAUAUGUGUCUGGAGGGUGUAUGCAAAUUGUAUGGAGAGCAUUUGAAGAUUGAAAAUCCUCAUUCGAGCACCGUUUCCUACGAGCUGAGGGAAUUAUUUGACUAUAUUGACAGUCUGGAAGAUAUCUGUUGCAUGGUCUAUCAAAAAGCAAGUGGUACUUAUGCUCCAUAUGGCAGGGAUUGGAUCAAGGAGAAGAUAAUGGUCUUGAUGCGGAAUGCAGCAAUGUCGAUGGAGUAGGAAGGGAAAAGAAAGAAGAUAAAAUGCAUUUGGCAGGGAUUGGAUCAAGGAGAAGAUAAUGGAUGGUUUUAAUGCGGAAUGCAGCAAUGUCGAUGGAGUAGGAAGGGAGAAGAAACCACAAGAUAAAAUGUGAUGGCAAAUUGGAAAUCUGCAAAGAAGAUCUUAAUUUUGUCACACAUUUUUGAUGCUGAUUUUUCUACAAUCAAAUAUAAUUCACCAGAUCAAAA